CUGGCCAUUAUUCAGGAUUGCGUAUUGGACGUUCAAACAAGUCAGGCUCGACCACACUCUCUUACCCAGAGCAUAAUUUUCUCAGUUCAGCUAGUUUGAGAAACUUUUCAGUUACAACGAUGGGCGGUUGGAACUUGGCAAAUUGCAUCAACUUAUUUGUUCUCACAGUUAUCUUUGUUUCAGGAGAAAAAGUGGCUAAGCAUAACAGCUGCAAGAAGGUCUUAGGGCAAGAAGCAAGUUCUCUUACUGUUGCGCAAAUAAGCAAUGUCUCGUCGAAGGCACGUUAUGAAGUCUGCGCCGAUAUUUUCGGCGUAAUUUUCUAUUGUCCAGGGGAUGAAAUAUGCUGCACACCAGGGGAUCCAUUUAGCAAAUGUUGCCCGGCAGACUAUCCGCUUUGCUUACCCGUAGAAAACCCAGAGAAAUGCUGCCCAGUAGGAUAUCCAAAACUUUGUGGGUCAUACUGUUGCGAGGUAGGCAGCUUCUGCUGCAACGAGAAAAUCUGCUGUGAAAAUGAAGGCGCUUGCUGCGGGGCCCAGUGUUGCGAGGAUGGUGAAUUUUGCUGCAAUGGCCUAAGCUGUUGUGAUAGUGGAGACAGCUGUUGUGGGGUUAAGUGUUGCGAUGUUGGCGAAUUUUGCUGCAAUGGCAUAAACUGUUGUGAUAGUGUAGGUGCUUGUUGUGGUGCUCAGUGCUGCGACGUUGGCGAAUUUUGCUGCAAUGGCAUAAGCUGUUGUGAUAGUGUAGACGCCUGUUGUGGGGCUCAGUGCUGCCCAGAAGAUGCCCCUUGCUGUAAGCAGGAUGAAUCCUCAGCAUGCUGCGACAAAGUUACCAUGGGCUGUUGUGACGGAUACGGAUGUGUUCCUCCCUGCCCAUCCCAGUUUGAUGCCAUAGGUUGCCAACUGUCAAGCCUGUCCCUUGACGAUAAACUGUUGGAAGCACCAUACGGAUUGCCAACAAACGUUUAUCGACUACUGCGCCCUGACGAGAAUCCUGAUGGAAUUGUUGCAAAAAAUCCGGGUGCCCAGAAAAGUGUUCUGUCUCAUGUUAACUGCGGAAGUCGCCCGAAAUACGCUUCGCAGUUUAUAUCAACAUCAGCAUCCUUAGACGUGGCAAAGGACUACAAAAAAAAAAGGCGAGGAAAAAGGUAUAACCGGAUUGAGAAUUUGUGAGUUUGAAGUAGAUAAAUUGCCCCAGACUUGCCAGAUCGUGGACCUUACAACCGAGGAGAACCGAGACAAGUACCUGGGAAACGCUGUGUGCAAAGCCUAUGCCAAGGCAUCGGCGGAGGUCCUUCUUCAAUGCGGCGUGCCAAUUCCAUGUACGGUCAUUGAUCCCCCGAACCGAGCGUGAGACGAAGAAGUUUGCAGAUACUCGACACAAACUGUAGGUGGAACAUUUCAUCUUUGUUCACUUAAAUUAAAAACCUUUUGUUGUUUACGUCGAGUUAUUGUACUGGAAAGGGAAGGAGAUAGUGGAGGCUUCCUUUGUUGAAGUUGCAGAUUUCUUAUCCAUAAAUCUAGAAUUUGUUUUCGAAAGAAAGUUUCAGUCUUGAAUAAAGAAAAGUAACAACAGUAUUUUUUUUCGAAUUAACUAAGCCAAUGUUAAUCUCAGUUAUUAGUCCAAACAGGAAAAAAAUGCUUAAAAUACUCGUUUUAGUCACGAACAGAUAAGCGGAAGUUAGUAUGGCUUGUCUUAGUUUUCUCAAGAGUGUACCAAUGGUUUCUUAGUAUUUUUCUCGACACAAUCGAAGGACUUGAAGCUUGGUGCAUUUGCUACUUUUGUUAUUAUUUUUUUUUUGAUGAUGUUAUUUUUUGGCAAAGCGUCUAUGUUGUUUAUACAUACUCUUUCAGUUGUAAUGGCAAAAAUAACUUCCACUUUCAUGUAGUAAAUAUGUCAGAAUACUUAAAGCUUCGUGACUUUAACCCUGAUUUAUUAGAUAUAGCUAUAGUAAAAAGCUAUGUAAGUUCAAUGAAACAGGAAUAUAUCUUUUACUGCAAAACACCCUUAAACAUUCUCAAAAACUUGAAUUUUAUAGGUCUUUAAAACCGAUCAUACCUCCUUUAGUUACUUAGACUUAACAACAGGAACAGCUGGGAGAAG